UGUUUGUUUGUUUGUUUGUUUAGCUUAGUGUAUUUGUUUUACAGUAUUCUACAAUAGCCAGUGGAGUUUGUUCUUGCUCUUAAUGUGACCCGCCCCCCUCCCCCUGGCGGCGCUAUGAUGGUUCUGCAACACUUCUGAAACUGAAAGUAACAGAACGAAAAAAAUAAAACAGUGGAAACCAGGAAACUGCUCAGUCAACAAAUUACGAGGAAAAAGGGUAAUCGGUUACCAAUCAAAGACAGUACGGUACACCGGAUCGUAUAUACCCACUCGCAAAUAUGAGUCGAAGGUUGCAUGACGAAAUUGAGCUGGAGAAAAGCAUCCGUCGCCUACGGGAGAAAUUCUACGGCAAGGUAACAGUGGAGAAAGCGGCAGUGCUGAUGCAACGCUACCACAACAACCACGACCUGGUCUGCAAGGACAUCAUCCUCAUGAAGGACCUGAAUCUCGAUGCGCAAGACAGGGAUACCUUGAGGAACGACGCUGUGGUUCGGAAUGUGGUGGAGAGGAUCCGAAAUGCCGACCGCCAGCCCCAGCAGGUACUGCAGUCCUCUGUGUGCAUUUCCAAGUGUUCGCAGGCUGCCUCUGAUCACACUGAGAGUAAUGCCAGACCCCCUGGACCCAGUGCUCCAGGUGACCAGGACAUCCAGGAUAUCGGGGAGGGGUUGCGCAUGCUGACCCUGACUCAGAGGAACCUGCAGAUGUUCGAUAACGCCCAGAGAAACCUCAUUCCCUCCGAGGACUGCCAGUUUGCCUGCCAGGGAUGUGACAAGGUUUGGUGGAGAAGAGUCCCGCAGAGGAAGAAGGUCUCUCGGUGUCACGGCUGCGGUAGAAAGUACGACCCUGUGCCAUGCAACAACACGUGGGGAGCGGCAGAGUUCAACUGCCCCGGCUGCCAUCGCACCUUCAGAGGCUAUGGGAUAAUGGGCUUGUUGUCUCCGUGCUAUAACUGCCACCUGCCCGUGGACCCCUCUCGAAUUCUGCCCCCCAGAAGGACCCCCGGACCUCGGCAGAGGAACAUACACAGCUGCUUCGCUGAGGACUGCUAUAACCGCAGGAACCCUACUGUUCCUGGUGCGCAGUGCGUUCACCCCCGCAGUCGACGGCACAACCACAAGCCCAUGGUGGUGCACCCCAGCCCCUUGCACUGUAGCUCCGGUUCCACGGUGGCCACCUGCCUGAGCCAGGGCAGCCUGCUGGAGGGGGACCUGGAUGACCUCAUCAUGGAUGACCUGAUGGAGGAGGAGGAGGAGGAGGAGGAUGAAGAAGGGGGGGAGACCGGAGGGCCCAGUGAAAGCGAGGGCUAGACUAGAAAAAGCACAGGGCUUUGGAAGAGUGGGCAAGAGGGACAAAUCUCACAGCAGUCCAAUUUAAAUUCAGGGUUUUGUACGUAUCAGAUCCUGGAAGCAGAGAGCCAUGAAUAAGCCUGUAUUUUAAUUCAACGUUAUCGCGGAUUCCGUGAAACGUAACGAUCGCCGUGCAGUAUGCACAGCUAUGGCCCUAAUUUUUGCGUCACCCUAUAGAAUCAACUAAUGUUGCUUCUUAAAGACGAGUGAACCCUGCUGAAUAACGUUACGUUAACAUAUUGAGUUACACGCCGCUUUGCAGCUUUCCAUAUGCUUAACGAAAAACUAGCAAAUGUGACUGUGGCAGUGUGGCCUGCCCCUGUGUGUAUUUUAUGUUGUGUUGU